AUGGAUUUAAUUGUUCCCGCUAAUUUAUCCUCGUUAAUAAAUUCUUCAACCCAUAGAUGGGUUUUCGUCGGUGGCAAAGGUGGUGUUGGUAAAACUACCAGUUCAUGUUCCAUUGCCAUUCAAAUGGCAUUGGCCCAACCACAAAAACAGUUUUUGCUAAUUUCUACAGAUCCAGCUCAUAAUUUGAGUGAUGCCUUUGGUGAAAAAUUUGGUAAAGAUGCUAGAAAAGUUAGUGGAAUGAAUAAUUUAUCGUGUAUGGAAAUUGAUCCAUCUGCUGCACUAAAAGACAUGAAUGAUAUGAAUGUAGGUGGCGAGAAUGGAGGUGCGGGCGGUGAAUUGGGUGAUUUUUUGAACAAUGGAGCAUUAGCUGAUAUUACAAAUGGUAUUCCAGGUAUUGAUGAAGCAUUGUCAUUUAUGGAAGUUAUGAAACAUAUUAAGAAACAAGAAGAAGGUAGUAUUAAUUAUGACACUGUCAUAUUCGACACUGCUCCGACUGGUCACACUUUAAGAUUUCUACAAUUGCCAACCACUUUAUCUAAAUUAUUAGAAAAGUUUGGUGCCAUUGCUGGUAAAUUUGGACCAAUGUUAAAUUCACUAACUGGAGCAGGAAAUGUGGACAUAACUUCAAAGAUGAAUGAUUUAAAACAGAAUGUGGAAACUAUCAAACAACAGUUUACAGAUCCUGAUUUGACAACUUUUGUUUGUGUUUGUAUUAGCGAAUUCUUAUCAUUAUAUGAAACGGAGAGAUUAAUUCAAGAAUUGAUUUCUUAUGAUAUGGAUGUUUCUUCAAUUAUUGUGAACCAAUUAUUAUUUGCUGAAUAUGAUAAAGAUCAUAAUUGUAAGAGAUGUCAAAGUAGAUGGAAAAUGCAAAAGAAAUAUUUGGACCAAAUUGAUGAAUUGUAUGAAGAUUUCCAUGUUGUGAAGAUGCCAUUAUGCGCUGGUGAAAUUAGAGGUUUAAAUAAUUUAAAGAAAUUCUCCCAAUUUCUAGUUCAUCAAUAUGAUCCCAUUAAAGAUGGUUCAGUUAUUUACGAGUUGGAGGAGCAAGAUUAA